CAUAGCAACAGUUCAUGUCUAAAGUCAGGAAUGACUGACUGACUCUCCGGCAGACAAAGGGGCAAGGCACUCACACAUGAGGCAGCAAACAGGCAAAACCAAAACAACCCAAAGCUCACACUCAGCCACCUUGCUGAGUUGUUUAUUGACAGUCUAGCACUGUCCUCUAUCUCUCUGCUCGACCAUGAAGACCCUCCGCUUCCUGGCGGCUGAGAGCUUUGUGCGCAGCGGUGCCAGCGCCCAAGACAACGUCAGCUGUGUCUCUCACAACUUGUACCCCCUGCUCUUCAAGGCUGCCUACGUCCAAGAGGAGGCCCAGCUUUUGCACGACCUCGUCCAGACAUGGCCCCUUCCCCAGCUGAACCUGAAGCGCCUGCUGGGGCCGACGGCAGACAGCCCACUUGACCUGACCUCUCGAACGUGUCGCCUGUGUCUUGUGGCGGUAUUCACCGGACUCAGGGACUAUGUGCUGAGCCAACAAACAACGUACGCCAAAUCACUGCGACUCUGCGACCUGACGGGCUUGCAGGAUCUUGAAACGCAUCCGUGUAGAUGUGGGAAAACACUAGGCCGUUGGGCGCGCACCGACUUGCUGACACGCAUGUGUUACGAGGUACUGGUAGCCAUGCAGGAGGGAACAUCAGCUCCGUCGGCCUUUGACGCGCAGGUGGAGGUUCACAUAGACGCCUUCGUGACAAGCCGAAGCUACGAGGUGGUGCUGAGAGCACUGCUCCUGCGACAGCACUGUCCCCUAAAGAUGCACUGUGUCACACUACGUGUCGAUUCACUGUCUGUUAAGAACCUUGUGUAUUUCUUGCGGCUGGCUGAACCGGAGGCUCUUCAGAAGCUGGAGGUGGUCCACAACGUGCACCUGGAGACUGUGCACCUGGAAGUCAUCUUCUCGCACAUGGACUUCAAAGAGCUGCGCUCCCUCACGCUGCCUGCGUGCGCUUUGGACGUCAGGCGCUUCGGGCCCGAGGACUCAGAGAUGCUGACAUCUAUCGGGGAGAUGCUGGGCAAGAUGAAACACCUGACGGAACUCUGCCUGGACUUCUCCCCGCUUACGGCACACCUGAGAAAGCUCCUCAGCCCCUUAAACACCCCGCUGCAGUCCCUGGAGCUGGCCAACUGUGCCCUGACAGCUGUGGACAUGGCCUACCUGGCCAACAGCCUGCACAGCGAGCACCUGGUGCGCCUGGACCUGAGCGGCCAUGAGGUGGCCGAACGCUUCCCCAACACCUUCCGGAAGCUGCUCGAGCGCUCCUCAGGCACCCUGAGCAGCCUGAGUUUGGAGGAGUGUGGCUUUGACGACGAGCAUGUGGAGGUGCUGCUGGUGGCCCUGGCCCCCUGUAGAGGCCUGCAGGAGCUCAAGUUGCUAGGCAACCCCCUCAGCCUGGCCUCCCUGCGCAGGGUGUUCAACAUGCUGGCACGACGCUUCUCUGUCCUGAGGUAUGUGGAGCUCCCGGUGCCAAGAGACUGUUACCCCGAAAAUGUUACCUACCCCCUGGACGACAGCACGCUGGUGCGCUACAACCGGGAGAAGUUCGAGGAGGCUCGUACGGAGCUGGUGGGCAUCCUGGAGCAGGCGGACAAGGGCCACGUGGAGGUCUGCACCCCGCUCUUUGGGGCCUACGACUCCGUAAUCAACGAGACGUCCAACGAGCUGGGCGUGUUCAUGGUGAACUCCUUCAGGGACGUGGUGGGCUCCUUCAUGGGCACCGUUGAUGAGGCGGGAGAGAGGUGCGCCAGAUUGCGCAAGGUGGCGGAUGAGUACACGGAUGCACACGCUGACGCCGCGGAGGGGACGGAUGACGAGUAAUGUGGUGAUCAGGGAUGCUGACAGGUGGGGACACAGGUUGUCCCAGGGCCCAGGAUUGGUUCUACAUUACUUUGUAUGUAUUGAGGGGGCCCUUUCAGAGGAUUUUGUUUUGGGCCUGGAAAAAGCUAUCAAUAGGAGUACGGUAAAUGUGGUGAUGUUUAAGAGGUGUGUGUGGGGAUGUGUAGAAUUUGUGUGGAACCCAAACCAAUUCCUUCAGCCCUUUCCUGUUACUUGUGGCCUUCUUGGCUUGGCAUCACCCUGACUCCCUCCAAGGACGGAGCUUCUCAUUUCCAUCCCUGAGGUAGGCUGAGGGAAAAAAUAGCAAUCCUGGGCAGACAGGUGGGGUGGUUUAUUUGAUAUCGUAGCCGCAAAGAGAACCGGGUUUAAGAGGUACGUAGAGCCAAUUGUAGCCAUCCCUUUGGCUACAAUUGGCUAUUCAGGAAGUGUAUACAGUAACGGGUGACCACUUGGCAAGAGAGUACACUUUGUGUACAUUCUAUGUAGCACUAAUGCCGCAUUCCCCAAGGGUGGGAGGUAGGAUGUUUGUGGCCUCCUACUUGCUGAAAUGCAUUGGAACGCCUGUCGAAGCGGAAUGAUCAAGUCGCGAGCUGGGGCCACAUUGAAGUACCCCGACUUCGAAAUCAUGAUGUCAACACAGCAAUGGCAGUGCACAGUGAUAGGAAUAGUUUAUGUUUGACUUGCUGGUUGGAACGCCUUCAAGUGGGAGGUACUGUAGCUGCCUCCUGGUUCCAUAUUGGGAAGCUCCUACCGCUCUGGAAUGCAGGGUUAAUGUAUAGAUUUUCACAUCAUUAAGUAAAUUGUAAAUUAACCCUAACUGCAGUCAUUGUGUUAGAAAUGUUCUAGUUUAGACUAGUUUGGUAGUUCCCACAUGUUUGGAUAGGAAGGCAUUUAUUUCAUAACCUUGUUUCCGUCUCUGCCCACGAACACAGACUUGAGUGAAUGUAUUCAAAGUUACACACAUACUGUAUAUUCCCUGUAUGUAUUACUGAAAGCGUGCAAUGUUAACUUUUCUUUACCAAACUCAAUGGGGGACACUAGCUGCUGUAUAAGUUUAAACUGUAAACUCAACUAAACAUUGAAUAGAUCAUAUUGUAUACAGGGUUACCAAAACUGACCAGUAAUUUCACUUUUCAUUUAACUAUCAUGCGUCUCACUGUGGUUGAGUGACCACUAGUGGCGAGUUGAGGCAACCUCUAAUUUUGAGGCAAAACCACUGCAUUACCAU